AUGCUUCUGGCACAUAGAUUGUUAGUAAAACGAGCCCCAAAGCUAUAUUCUGUUUCUAGACUUUUGCAUCAAACAACAAAGUCAUCAACAGCAACAGUAGUUACUAGUCAUGGAAGUGAUUCGGGGUUUGUAUCAUCUUUAGUUAAUACCAAUAUCAUUGAACCGUUGUUGGCAAAUGAACAUCAAAAAGUAGCAAAUACUAGCAGAACUUCAACUGAUAAAAUCACUAGACAAUCAUUUUUAGAUUUGAAUCCAGAAAGUUACAGGGUCUCAGAAACUCAAGGAAUCCACAAGUAUUAUACUUCUAAAAGUGAUGGUAUUGAACGUCAUCCAUACGAAAAGGAAGUCAACUACUUGAAGAAUAUUUUGGAAUCAUUUACAGAAGAAAGAUUUUUUGGUAAAACUGAUCAAAUUUUGAAAUCUUUGUCAAAAUUGGUCACAAGAAGUGAGUUUACUGAUAUUGGUAAUAAAUAUUUGGAAAGCGUAUCCCUGGAUGAAUCACUUUCGGUUUCCGAUUUGGACAAUGCCAUUGCGGAUCUUAAACUGAAUUGCGGUUUUUUGCCAAAUGAUCGUACUCAAGCUGUCAAAUUGAACAAGAUGUUGAAUACAGAAGAUGAGUCAGAAUCCAGUAUUAAUAUUUUCUUUGAAAACAUGGAUCACAAAACUAUUAGAAACAUAUUAGGAAACAACGAUGUUUUGGGAGUAGAUAAUUUGUACAAGAUAUUCAACUGCCCGACCAUUGAUUCCAAUUGCAUACCUAAAGAAUUACACGAAGUAUACCAAGAAUUUAAAAUGCAUCAAAACGAUGGCAAAGUCGUUGAAGAUACCUUGAAGUUACAGGAAGAUAAAUUCAUCAGUCCAUUGACCAAAGAAAAUAUGGAAGAGUUAGUUGCCGUUGACUCCUUUGGAUUGAAAGUUAUCAGACACAGUUUAUUAGGGUUGGAACCAAGUACAGAAAGUGUGGUUCAAUUUUCCCGUCAAGUCAAGGAAAUCAUUGACGGGUUAGAUGACGAGCAAGUCAAAGAAGACAUCAAAGCAGGUAAGUUUAACCAUUUCGAAGUUUAUUCAAAGCUUCAAACAGAUGAGCAAAGAUCAGCAUUCAGUGAAGCAUUGGAAACAUUCAACUACGAAAGACAAAAACAAAUUGAAAUCAGAGGUAUUGAAGGUGCCAAAGAAAAAUGGAAGCAUGAUUUCGAAGAGCAACAGAAACGAGGUGAUUUGAAUUUGACUAAAGGGUUAAACGCCCAAUGUUACGAAUGGGUCCAAGAAAUGGUACCAAUAAUCCAAAAAGAACUUGAAGCUUGUAAGGAAUUAUUAAAUGAUGGUGAUAAAGCUUCAGACGCAAAAAGUGAACGUGCCUUGUAUGCACCAUUCUUCAUUAAAGUAGACCCUGAAAAGGCUGCUGUUAUCACUAUUUUAGAAUUAUUGAAAUUGCAUUCAACUGGAGGUGUUGUUAACGGAUUUCGUGCCUACAAGGCAGUAGUGGGUGUAGGUAAAGCGAUUGAAGGUGAGUUCCGUAUGAAUUUGCAAGUGCAACAAGAGAAUAAAUUAUCCUCAUCAAAGAACAAUUCUCCUCGUUUGAAGAAUUUAAUCAGAGAAACCAUCAAGAAAGAUGAAGAUGAAAUUCCUGAAUGGGACAAUGUUACUCGUUCAAGAGUUGGUGGUGUUUUGGUGUCUGCUUUGAUGACCGUUUCCAAAGUUCGCGUUGUUAAAAAAACUCCUGAAGGUGUUAUAAAAGAUUUGCACCCUGCAUUUUAUCAUGGUGUUCAAUUCAUUGGAGGUCAGCGUGUAGGUGUUAUUAAAGUCCAUGCUGAAAUCUCGAAGCUUUUGACAGGUACUUCAUUUGCUGAAAGUGUCCAACCACAAUACUUGCCAAUGUUGAUUAGACCAAAGCCUUGGACUUCUUUCCAUGGUGGUGGUAGCUUGUUCUCCAAGAGUCCGUUAGUCAGAAUGAAAGAUGCCCCUGAAACUGAAGCUUAUGUCAAGGCUGCUAGUAAAAGAGGAAAUUUGGAUCAAGUUUUUGAUGGUUUGAAUGUGUUGGGAAAUACUGCUUGGACUGUCAACAAAAGGGUAUUUGAUGUUAUUUCUCAUUAUUGGAACAAGGGUGAAGAGUUUUUGAGUAUCCCACCAGUUAUGGAAGAAGCUCGCUUACCAGAAAAGCUUCCUGCUGAUGCUGACCCUCAAGCUAAAUUGGAUAACUCUAUUGCAUUAUACAAAGGUCUUCGUGAAUUCGCUGGUAACAGAUCCCAAAGAUGUGAUUACAAUUACAAGUUGGAAAUUGCUCGUGGUUUUAUUGGAGAAAGAUUAUAUUUCCCUCACAACUUGGAUUUCAGAGGUAGAGCUUAUCCUAUUUCACCCCACUUUAAUCAUUUGGGUGGUGAUUUGACUAGAUCCUUAUUCUUAUUCUGGGAAGGUAAGCAAUUAGGUGAAGAAGGUUUGAGAUGGUUGAAAGUUCAAUUAGCCAAUGUUUAUGGUGUUGAUAAAGAAUCAAUCGAUGGUAGAGUAAAAUUUAUUGACGACAACAUUGAAAACGUUAUUGCUUCUGCUAAAGAUCCAUAUGCUCCUGAUGCAUGGUGGCAAAGGGCUGAAAAACCAUGGCAAGCCUUGAGUGUUUGUUUUGAAUUGGGUGAAGCGUAUCAACUCGAUGACCCAACCAAGUUUGUUUCUCAUUUGCCAGUUCAUCAAGAUGGUACCUGUAAUGGUUUACAACAUUACGCUGCAUUGGGUGGUGAUAUUGAGGGUGCCAACCAAGUUAAUUUGAAUCCAGCAGAAAGACCACAAGAUGUUUACAGUUAUGUGGCUAGAUUGGUUGAAAAGAGAGUUCGUGAAGAUGCUGCUAAUGGGAAUGAAAUUGCAAAAUUAUUACAAAAUGAAAUCAAAAGAAAAGUUGUCAAACAAACUGUUAUGACCAAUGUUUAUGGUGUCACUUUUGUUGGUGCCAUUCAACAAAUCAAGAAACAAAUUUCACAUUUGGUUCCAGAAGAUAACAGUGCCCAUCUUUAUGCCAGGUAUUUGGCAAACCAAGUGUUUAUCUCCAUCAGAGAAUUGUUUGAAAACGCCCAUUUGAUUCAAGAUUGGUUAACGGAAUCUGCUAGAAGAAUUACAAAGUCUGUUUCAUUAGAUUUUGGCGAAACUGAUCAUGACAUUCACUCUUCCUCCGUCAUUUGGACAACUCCAUUGGGUUUACCUUGUGUUCAACCAUACCGUAUUCACAAAUACAGACAAGUAAAUACAUCGGUUCAAAGUAUCAAAAUCACUGCUCCAAGUGGAACAAGUCAAGUCGAUUCAAGAAAACAAGUUGCUGGUUUCCCACCAAAUUUCGUUCAUUCCUUGGAUGCUACACAUAUGUUGAUGACUGCUACUCAAUGUGGUCAUGAAGGGUUAAACUUUGCAUCUGUUCAUGAUUCUUUCUGGACUCAUGCUGCCAAUGUGCCAAUAAUGAAUAAAUUGAUUCGUCAAGAAUUUGUCAAAUUACAUACAACUGAUUUGGUGUCAUUAUUGAAAGAGGAAUUUCUUGAAAGAUACAAAGGCUCAUAUCAAUUUGUUCGUAUCCCACAAGAUCACGAAUUGGCAAACAAAGUUAAAGCUCUUAGGAAACACUGGGCCAAAUCAUUAGGUAGACCACUCAAGAUUGAAGAUGAAUUAUACAUGGAAAAGAGAAGAUUACAAAUGUUAGAAUCAGAAAAUCCAGAAGAGGUCGAAGCCGCUGAAUCUAUGGAAACAACAAUAAGUGUUUCUUUGAAUUAUAAUGUAUACGACUUUGUACUUCCAAAUGCCGUUGGAAGUUAUGAAAUUUUGGUUCCAAUUCAAUUCCCAAAGGUUCCAGCAAAAGGUGACUUUGACGUGAAUUUGGUCAAAGAUUCGCAAUAUUUUUUUUCUUAG